AUGAACCGUCAUACCUAUAUCCCCGAGACUUCGCAGCGGUUUUUAGCUGGCCCGGGGGAGCAGGAAGCCUCCCUGAUUCGCGACUUUGACGCGCCCAGUCAAGUCGAUCAAGCCCUGCAGCUUCCAGCUCUCUCCUGCAGCCUUCAGAUCACUCUUACGGCUUCCAGCACUCCUACCGCUUCCAGCUCACUCCUGCAGUUUACAGUUCACCCCUGCGGCGCUUUACUGACGUCCCGCUGCCCACUGACAUCUAGCACCCAUUAUCGUCCGGACACCGUUCAAACGACCUCUGUCUUUUUUACCAUCCACCGUUUGCAAAUAAAGACACAAUUUCCAUCGUCUACAACGGACCGUCUGCGUUUGUCAUCCUUCUUUGCUAUUGCAAUCUCCUUGCCCUUGUGUCCCCCUUUUAGUAGAACGGUCGAUUGGCACUCACACCUCUCGGCCCGCUGCAACAUAUUUACGUUUAAAUUAGAAUUUUUCUUUUUGUCCUUCUAUAUCUCCCCACCUCUCUCUCAAACACUUUUUGUCCUUCUAUAUCUCCCCACCUCUCUCUCAACCACUUUUUGUCCUUCUGUAUCUCCCCACCUCUCUCUCAACCACUUUUUGUCCUUCUGUAUCUCCCCACCUCUCUCUCAACCACUUUUUGUCCUUCUGUAUCUCCCCCCACCUCUCUCUCAACCACUUUUUGUCCUUCUGUAUCUCCCCACCUCUCUCUCAACCACUUUUUGUCCUUCUAUAUCUCCCCACCUCUCUCUCAACCACUUUUUGUCCUUCUGUAUCUCCCCACCUCUCUCUCAACCACUUUUUGUCCUUCUAUAUCUCCCCACCUCUCUCUCAACCACUUUUUGUCCUUCUGUAUCUCCCCACCGCUCUCUCAACCACUUUUUGUCCUUCUGUAUCUCCCCACCUCUCUCUCAACCACUUUUUUUGUCCUUCUAUAUCUCCCCACCUCUCUCUCAACCACUUUUUUGUCCUUCUAUAUCUCCCCACCUCUCUCUCAACCACUUUUUGUCCUUCUGUAUCUCCCCACCUCUCUCUCAACCACUUUUUGUCCUUCUAUAUCUCCCCACCUCUCUCUCAACCACUUUUUGUCCUUCUAUAUCUCCCCACCUCUCUCUCAACUAG